UUGCCCGGUUUCACACUUUAAUAUGGUUCAUAAUAGAACACCGUUUGUAAGCUCUUUUGGGCAGGGCUCUCUUCACCUAUUGUAUCGGUUAUUGAUUGCUUUAUAUGUUACUCUGUAUGUCCAAUGUAUGUAACCCACUCAUUGUACAGCACUGCGGAAUAUGUUGGCGCUUUAUAAAUAAAUGUUAAUAAUAAUAACUAUUAAAAUUAGUGUAAAAAAGGAUUUUAUUUUACUAAAAGGAAUUAUAGCCCUUAGUGUUCAUUGGGUAACGAUUAAAGAAGCAGGCACAGCUACUAUUGGGGGGCCCAGGAUGAAUAGGGGGCUCAAUGAGGCACUGACUUGGGCAGCUUCAAUACACGGUUAUACCCAAAAACCCUUGUUUCCAUAUAUUAUGGGGGUCCCUAGGCUGAAUUAGUUGUAGGUAAGUCACUGCUUAGAUUGUUUGCGCCAUUGGGUAGGGAUACACUGGAACUCAGUUACACACCAUUCAUGUUAAUCACAACAAAUAAAAUGGCGGGCAUUAAGUGCACAUUACAGAGCCCUUGGCUGUACCUAUGUGACCCCCUAUCACUUGUAACUGUUUAGCUGAAUCUAAAUAAAUACACUUGUAUUCGCUGUAUCUCCUUUACAGCCCGUAACUAUUCAGUGUUAGUUGACGGAAUAAUUUCCCCGCUAAAUAACUGUAGGGAACUUGCACCUCACACACUAAUUCCCCGUUAUCGCCCCGGGCCGGGCGGCGCUGGAGAGCACAGUCACAACCCAGCUCAGCCUUUGCCAAAUGAACUGAGAAACUUGUGGCUCUGGCAUUACAGCAACGCUUGAGGUUUCCCCCGCACAGAAACCAAUCGUAUCGCACUCUCCCGUCCCUCUCGCAUCGCUGAGCAGCAGGGUAAUCGCUCUCCCCUCAGCGGCCGGCCCGGUGGGUGGAGCCCUUCAGGAAGUGACGUCACGAUUCACCUGCAGCGCGGUGGGCAGAGCUGGGAGAGCGCUAGCGCUAGAGAUAGGGAGAGAGAGACAGGGAGACGCUGGGAGUGCGGGAAGUGCUGACGGCUCGGUAUCGUCUUCGGAAUCGGCACUUGUUCACCUGUGUGGGAAGCGCAGUAAGGCAAGAGGCGCCGGGCAGUAACAGGGAGGUGUGGCCGUGCCUGUAGCUGGAGAUACUCGGAGCUUAGCACCCACUGGCACCGUCCUUCUGCUCCGCUAUGGACUCACUCGCUGUCCUCUGGCUGCUGCUGCUCAGCUCCGCUUCUAUGAGCGCCCUGCAGCUGGUGGCACCUGAUCCAAAAACACUUAUACUCCCUCAAGGUGAUAAAGUGGAUUUGGACUGUAAGUUUACGUUAGAUCCUGAGGACACAGGGACACUUGAUAUUGAGUGGUCAUUGGUGGCAUCAGAUACCCAACAAACAGAUCAGCAGAUCCUUACUUUUGCUGGAGACAAAACAUAUACAAUGUAUGACGAACUGAAAGGCAGAGUGCACUUUGUUUCUCUUGAUCCCAAAAGCGGAGAUGCAAGCAUAGAAAUCAUCAACCUAAAGCAAUCUGACAGUGGAACAUAUCAGUGCAAAGUAAAAAAAGUGCCAGGUGUGGCAAGCAAGAGGAUUACGCUGUCCGUUUUGGUUAAACCAGCAAAAACACGGUGCUAUGUUGAAGGGUCACAGGAAAUUGGGCGGGAUUUCAGCUUAAAAUGUGAAUCCAAAGAUGGAACUACGCCCCUUACAUACACGUGGCAGAAAAUCAGCGGGCAAGACAAGAAUUCUCCACCUGUACCACUAGAUGCGACAACUGGAGUUCUGCCAGUGAAAAAUGCAUCCAAGGAAUACAGCGGCACCUACAGGUGCUUAUCUCACAACAGAGUCGGAAGUGAUGAGUGUCUCCUUAUACUUAAUGUUGCUCCACCUUCAAAUGUUGCUGGAAAAAUUGCCGGUGCAGUAAUAGGAACAUUGCUUGGCCUUAUACUUUUGGCCCUCAUCAUAUUUUGCUGUUGCAGAAAGCAAAAAGAGAAGAAGUAUGAGAAAGAAGUACAGCACGAGAUCAGAGAGGAUGUUGCUCCACCCAAAAGCCGCAAUUCCACCGCUCGCAGUUACAUUGGGAGUAACCACUCUUCUCUUGGCUCUCUGUCUCCCUCAAACAUGGAAGGCUACUCCAAAGCACAGUACAAUAAAAUACCUAGUGAAGAGUUUGAGCGCCCCCCAAGCCACGCACCAAACUCCGUUCCUUCCAAGGUAGCUGGUCCAAAUUUAAGUAGAAUGGGAGCCAUCCCUGUCAUGAUUCCAGCACAAAACAAAGAUGGGUCCGUUGUGUAAAUGAGCUGCAUGGAUGGAUUAGUAUUUGUGUUUUGCACAGUUUCACAUUUGUUCUUUGUUUCCCGGUUCUUCACCUUCUCAGUGUGUGUAUUGUUAGGGCAGGUUUGCCUUGGUUUGUCUUUGCUGCUGCAAGCUGGGGUUGCCCAGCCAAGCAAGUAGUAAAUGUGUGUUUUUCUUAGGAAGAUAAUUUUUCUUCCUUAUUGGCUUUUAAAAGUUGGAGAUCAGUAUCUGUUCCUCCUUAGAUAAAGCAAAAGAAAUAAGCUUGAGUAGGAAUGGUUGGUGUUGUGGCACUUAUGAUUUACCUCUCUGCAGGGUUGCUGUAAUGAAUGAUGGGGCCCUCCUGUACAGCCCACACCCCUUUGCAGGAAGCCCCAACACUUUUUUUUUUUUUCUUUUUAAAGUUUGGGACCCCACCUGGCUCAAAGAGGCUUGGGUCAGAAGUCCUGCCUUCCCAAAGAUGGCCCUGCUGAUGUUGAAUUUGAUUGAGAUUCACAAGAGGGAUGUCCAAAUGUUGGCCUUCCAGCGCCUAGUGUGCUGGUCCCCAGGGUCUUGCUUGUCUGUCUGUUGUUCUAUUAAAUGCUGGAACUGAAAAGAAAAUGAAGGGCCCAUAGUUUUGUUUCCCCUUAUCCCAAGGUAUCGAUACUGUAGUCUUGUGUACAUUUCUAUACCCUUGGGGUUGGUUGAGGAAAUUGUAGCAAUGGUUUGUGUGUAUAAGCAUAGCUUCUCUUCCGUAGCAUUGCAUUAAAAUCAUUCUCAUAUCAGAAGUGCACGAGAGCCACUAGUAAUUAAAUCCUGUAUGGAGCUUUAUUUAUAUGAAUCUCGUAUGGAUGUAAUUAAAAAGGUGGAUGGGUGCUCCUCUUAGCAAGUUUCCUUGUAAGCAAGAUGCCCUAUGUACACCCUCACAUUAAAACCAUUAUGUAAUUUAUUCUGUGCUUGUCUUUUAGUGAGGCCAGAAUACUAAAACAGUAGAUACAGUUCUGUAUUAAGUUAGACUGAGAAGGACAGUCGUUGCAAUGUUAAGUCCCAGAGGUGGGAUCAUUUGAGCCAAAUGGUGCCAGGCAUAGAAGCAUUCAUUAAGGCACUUGCGGUACAGCUCCAGGACCCUACUCGGCUGCACCCACUGCUUGUGUGAAUAAGGAGUAGGCUUUAUCUGCUGCUCAUGGACCAACUGAGGGGCUGCUUGGAACUUGCAUUGAGUUUAUAUGGAAUGUCUGUUGCCCCCCCCCCCCCCCGCCCCUACCUGCCGACGUACAGCCUGUCCACCACAUGGAGAAGUAACUUCCAUCAGGCGACAGAAGCCAUGACUGUUACCAAUAGCCGAAACCACUUAAGGUAUCGGGUAUCUUUUUGCAUUUGUUUCUAUGCUGUGCUGUUAUUUGGGUGCAACCAACCCACACUGGCUCUUGCUGCACAGCAUCUCUUUUGGUUUCCCCUGAACUGUGCCUUUCGAUACAAAACUUUCAAAGGAAUGUAAACGUACCACCAAGGCCGUGCCUACCUUUUUUCUAUCCAAGGUGCUUUAAUGGGAAGGUACAGUCUUCAGGAAAAAGUCUUCUGCUCUUCCUUGCUCCACAGUAACGAGCUUUCUUGGAUACCCAGCCUCAUAUCCAGGUCCCAAGGUGUAAGGGGAACGUCCCUUUCUCAUUGGUUCUGUGGUUUCCUGGGACAAAACCCAACAGUGUUGCCUGAAUAUGACGGCAGGGUCUUGCUAGGUUUCUCUGUUCUUUCCACUUGGCAGAAAUGCUGCCAAUGUUAUAUUGUUCUGAAAGCAUUAUGUUGUUUUGUAAAGCCUGUUAAUAAUAAUAUUUAUAGUUGGGGUACGCCUCUUUUUAUAUAUCUCUACUACAUACCUGAUCUAUUGCAGUCAAAAUGUUCUGUUGUAAAGUAAUUGUAUGCCUUCCUAGUGCUGAAGUGAGCCAGGAUUUGGGAGUCUGUUAUUAUAGUUUUUCUGUGAGUGGUGCAGAUGUGCACUGCCUGUUUAAAUUUUUAACAAAUGGAAUGAGUUGUCUGAAUUGCAUGCAAUUCACAUCGGGGAUUUAAGAUAAGAUAGUGUUAGUGCUUGGUGCACCUCAGCAGCAGCACAGAGCACUAACGCCCAUUGAAACCAUAUGUGUUUGACGCACCUAUCUCCCAUAAACAUAUUUAUGAUAUCAGGAAAGUUCUGUUAAAUAGGAAAAAAAUAUCUAAAUGCUAGGAACCCUUGUGGAUCUCCCCGUUUGGUCCUUAGUCAGUCUUUUCCCAUUGAUAUGCUUGCUGGAUUUCCAAGUCAAAUCUGUAAAUAAAAAGUAAUUUAAAAAAAUGCACAAAAAUGCAUACCAACCUCUUACUGUACAAACUCCCAUUGCCCAUCAGUGCAGUCUCUUACUGUACAAACUCCCAUUGCCCAUCAGCGCAGUCUCUUACUAUACAAACUCACAUUGCCCAUCAGCGCAGUCUCUUACUAUACAAACUCCCAUUGCCCAUCAGCGCAGUCUCUUACUAUACAAACUCACAUUGCCCAUCAGCGCAGUCUCUUACUGUACAAACUCCCAUUGCCCAUCAGCGCUGUCUCUUACUGUACAAACUCCCAUUGCCCAUCAGUGCAGUCUCUUAUUGUACAAACUCCCAUUGCCCAUCAGCGCAGUCUCUUACUGUACAAACUCCCAUUGCCCAUCAGCGCAGUCUCUUACUGUACAAACUCCCAUUGCCCAUCAGCGCAGUCUCUUACUGUACAAACUCCCAUUGCCCAUCAGCGCAGUCUCUUACUGUACAAACUCCCAUUGCCCAUCAGCGCAGUCUCUUACUGUACAAACUCCCAUUGCCCAUCAGCGCAGUCUCUUACAAUAAUCCUGUUAGUGACCAAAGCUGAUAAAGUGGUUUACAGCCAUCUCUCCCCUUCUGAUGAAUUUCAGUAAGAGAAGUGUGUUUGUUUUAUUGUAAUACAUAUACACUAAGGGCUUUCAGACUUGUAUAUUUUUUGUAGUUUUUUUUUUGUGAAAAUUUUCUGUACUUUUUAAAAUAAAUAUAAUUGGUGAAAUCCA